AUGAGUCCUGCAGCGGAGGAUAGCGAGUCGCCUCCAGGUCAAGUCGGGGUCAAUGGGAAGCACAAGCCGACUGAGCACGCAACACCAACGAGGGCGCAGAACGGCGCAGAGGUACACGAUAUGCAUGGAUUGGCACCUGAAUUACCAGAGCAAGGUCUCGGGAUUCUCCUCGAACAUUCCGAGAAUGAUUCAAACGGAACUAGUCGAAUGUCUGUUGUGAACGUUUUUGAAGGCCCGAAGAUCAAAGCAGCUCUGGCCGAGCUCGCCGAAGGCGCGUCCCAGCGUCCGAUCGAAGACAAGGUGCUCAAGUUGUCGCCCGAGAAGAUCCAAGAGCUCACAUCGUCACCGGAGUCUAUACCAUAUCGUGCCGAGGUGCCGGAGAUAAAUAGUGGGAGGAGGGUAUUGUCGGAGAACCUUCGUUCGUUGCAGGGUCCAGUUGACCGGCCAUUGGAGAGCCGAGAUGUGACUCUGCAUCCACUGAGCGAGGCUCCCUCGUCCCCGGACGGCCCCCUCAAAAUCCGGCGCUCUAGCAAAGAUCCAAGUUCGGAUGAAUUGCAUGACUCGGCUAACCCACGACAAUUGAACAACGGUACCACUCGAAGUCGACCGCAACCAUUCCGGACAUUUUCCACUCCUGUAUCUCAGCGACCAACGCUUUCAACACCUAACAUUGAGCGACUUUCACAAACAUGGGCAUCUCGUUCAAAGCAAGAUCGCGACUUGAAAACCCAACUUGCUGCGUCGCCUUUGAUUACCGAAACGCCCUUAACCUCUCCCAUUCCAUCAAUUCCUCUGCCUCCCGCCUCGAUACCCACAUACCUUCAACUUGAGCUGGCCUCCGGUCGUCCAUCGCCGUUGUAUAUUCAUGGAAAUGACAAUGAAUUCCCCUACGAAUCAUCAAGUGCGAAAAUAGAACGACUGAUGAACUUCCUGCUCCUUCCGCCAGUGUUAGAGCAGGCCAUCGGAUUUGGAAGUCUCGCAUGCCUGGACGCAUGGCUUUACUCAUUUACAAUUCUACCUCUACGCUUUGUUAAAGCCUUGUACAUUCUCUGCGAAUCCUGGGUCAUGAACUUGGCUGCGGAGGCUCGGUCCUUGUCGAAAUUCGUUAUCAAUGGAGCUGGGCGAGUCUGGAGAAGAAGGAAAUACCUGCCAAAAAGGCUUCGUGACAGACGCGAAAGCGAAUCUGAUGCCACUCCUCGCCUGCCUACUGGGGCAAUCUCACAAGAGCCACAACGACACACAGAGCCAUCAAAGCGAAGACACCGCACCUCCGAAUCUCGCAGACAUCACCGAAGAAAGAAGUCGAUGCCCUCUGCUCUACUUCCUGAUGACAAAGCCGAUAUCCUUACGGGCCUCCUUAUGAUUACAACCUGUUGUGCAUUGAUGUACUUCGAUGCCAGUCGUAUGUAUCACUGGAUCCGUGGACAAGCGGCGAUCAAAUUGUAUGUGAUCUAUAAUGUACUAGAAGUCCUCGAUAAACUCUUAGCUGCGCUUGGACAGGAUGUGCUCGAGUGCUUGUUUUCAAGGGAAGCUCUUGAGCGCCGGCCCAAUGGGCGAAGCAAAAUCUUUCGACCAUUCUGGCUCUUCUUGUUGGCGUUGGUAUACACAGUUGCGCAUUCGAUCUCACUCUUCUACCAGGUGAUGACCCUCAAUGUGGCUGUGAACUCCUACUCGAAUGCACUCAUUACACUUCUGUUAUCCAACCAGUUUGUGGAGAUAAAGUCUACUGUCUUUCGCAAAUUCGAGAAAGAGAAUUUAUUCCAACUCACUUGCUCUGACGUUGUUGAGCGAUUUCAGCUUUGGCUGAUGCUGACCAUCAUUGCAUCGCGCAACAUUGUGGAAACGGGCGCUUUCAACUUCAUUGGCCUUGGUCUAGCUCCCAGCUUCUCCGGAAAGUCCACAAGCACGAAUAGCACACCAUUAUCUACUCCUCCUCGGACUGCUUCAUCGAUCCUACCUCAGUCGUUCACAUUCUUCCCAUCAUCCAUUUUGUCCCUUAGUCAUGUGAACUCUUUUAUUCCGACCCUCGCUCAGGUCUUGGGUCCCUUCCUCAUCGUCUUGGGAUCUGAGAUGUUUGUUGACUGGCUGAAACAUGCCUACAUCAGCAAGUUUAACAACUAUCGACCUGCAUUAUAUAAUCGAUUUUUAGAUGUGCUCGCGAAAGAUUACUACACGAAUGCUUUCGCAGGCGGCGACCACAACAUUACUCGCCGCCUCGGACUGCCCGUGAUACCUCUCUCCUGCAUUUUCUUCCGCGUUUCCGUUCAGACUUAUCAGAUGUUCCUGGCUUCUCUGCUUCCCCACUAUCCAUCUUCUACCUCUGUGGUUUCAAGUUUAUCCACGAUCCAGAAUCGCCACACAGCCGUCCCUCUCCCAUCCGCCCCACCGCUCAGCUUCGCAACAAUUCUACCCAACGUCAACAUCCUUUUCCGCAAGGUCUUGGAGAAUGCGAUUCCUUCGCCUGCUCAAUCUGUUCAAAUCUUCACUGUUGUCCUUCUUCUCACGACUUUCAUCGUGCUCUUGAUCUUCAAACUUAUUCUAGGCAUGGGCUUGCUCGCCUUCGCCCGCUCCCGUUAUAGGAAGAUGAAAGGCAUGGAAUCCGAGCAACGCAAAUCAUCCCGUGUCUCUGCACACCCGCAUUCCCAACAGGACAACUCCAGCGAUGCUGCACCCGCACCCCGGAAAGAUGACUUCACUGUUGAGGGAGGUCGUCGUUCUGGGGUUUGGGGGAUGGUUGAAGUCGGUGACGACAAACGAAAACUGAUUUAUGGUGACGACAUGGAGGGACUCAGGCGGGUGAAGGAGAAAGAGGACAAGGAUAAAAACAAGGACAAGGACUUGAAGAUUGAUCAUGUCCAGAGAUAUGAAAUGGUUGCCAAGAAGAUCUGGUAA